AUGUCUGUCAGCGUACAACAAUUAGCACCACCCUUCAAAGUCAAAGCAAGAUAUGGUUGGUCAGGUCAGGCAAGGGGUGACCUAGGCUUUUUAGAGGGUGAUGUCAUGGAGGUGACUAAAAUUACUGGCGAUUGGUUCUACGGUAGACUUUUAAGAAACCGUAAAUGUUCUGGCUACUUCCCAAAUAAUUUUGUUAAUGUUUUGGGGGAAAAAAUGAAUCAAAACAAUGCAAAUGAAACUAAAGUCUAUUCAAAGUCUCAACCUACCUCUCCUGUAAAGGUUGUAAUUCCACCAAUUCCUGCUAGGUUAAACCCUCGCUCUUCAGUUUCGUCAUCUUCGUCAUCUUCGUCUCUUAGAGAUGUAAAGAAAAAAGAUUCGAGCAUGUACAAGAUUUCGCAGCAUCACUCAACACCAAACUUACCUGAAGUACAUGUGCACGAUAAACUUGAUUAUGGGAGGUACAAGAAUACACGGACAAAAAAGAGAACCUCUCCUGAAUUUAAUCGCUAUAUUAACGAAGCAGAUAACAUCCCUCCUCUUCCUCCGAUCCCAUGUGCCGACAAGCAUCAUGGCAAUCUUACACAACAAAAGAUGCCUAAAUCUUCCUCCCUUAACGAUGUUUCUACAACACGAAGUGCAAGGGAUCCUCGCAUAAGUCAUAAUGGUCUUCAAGCUUAUAACGGUGAUAGAAAUUACUAUUACUCUCCUUCAAAGAGGUCAUCAGUAACUGAUGAUUCAAAUUCAAGUGAUCUAUUCUCUAAUUCUAAAUAUAUGGACGGUUCUACCACUAGUAGCGAAGAUAGUUUCGCUCUUAUGAGUGAUUUUAGUGCCACAAGUGCGGGCAGUUUAGCAAGACAUAGAUUUGCUCAAUCUUUUUCAGAUUCCCUAGAAAGAUCUCAAACAUUUUCCUCAUUAGAGUCAAUAAAUUCGGGAUCUGGAAAUGGUAAAAUGGGUGGAAUUCUAAGGAAAUUAAUGCCAAGAGGGCAUCCAAAUUACUCAAAUUCGCCGAACAGUCCAAUUUCACCUACAGCAGAAUAUCCAAAACUCCCAGAUAUUCAAAAUUUGAAAAUAACUUCCACACACGAUGAUGCCCGUGACUGGUUGACAGUCAAAGCCCAACUUAAUAGAUCACGAUCAUUAACAAAAUACGAAAAACACCCUAGGUAUAUCAGAGUUCUAGAACAAAAUCACGACCUGGUUUUACACCCCCAAGAUGCCGUCAGUAAUGGGCUCAAUACGAAUGAGGUCAGAUAUAAUGGUCAACCUGGUCUUAUCGACAUAGAACUUGCAGGUUUGAACUUGGAAUAUAUUGACGAUAUGACUAGAAAAAGAUGCAUCAAAGAUGGAUCGAUGACCCUAAGCACUUGGUCACAAACCACUUUUUCUGCAAGAUAUUCUACAACUGCAGAAACACUAAGAGGUAUAUACAUUUUCUGUGCCGAGACCUUCGAACUAGUUGACGAUAAUGGUGGUACAGAUUUUUCGAAACCACCUAGAGACUUGGAAAAAAUUCUUUACAGCAGACACUGUACCCCGUUUCAGCUAACAUGUCUCUUCAAAGAGCUCUCGAAGGCAUUGGGAAUAACAUGCGAGAUGGUAUACGGUUUUUUAAAGACGCCUGUUAAUGACAAUAGCGAUUACAAAUACAACCAUUGCUGGUUGCGUGUUUUAGUCAACAAAGAGUGGAGAUUCAUUGAUAUCAUUUUGGGUAAUAUAUCUAAUCCUAUUCAUGAGUUCGUGAACAACAAAAAGAUAACAAAGGCAGAAGACGAUUAUUUCCUGGUUGAACCACUACAAUUCAUCUACACACAUAUUCCGCAAAGAGAAUAUGAACAGCAUAUUAUUCCAAGCAUUGAUAGAUUAUCAGCAUUAUACUUACCUUUAGUUUUUCCAUCUUUUUUCAAAUACGGUUUGAGUCUCUACAAAUUCAGCACAGCUCUGAGCUAUCUUGAAGAUUCUGAAAUUUACGAAUGUUCUUUGGAAAUUCCAAGCGAUGUUGAACUUUUCGCAUCUGUUGUUGUAUCCACAGAUGACGUUCAAAGGAAGCAUUCAUACGGGAAGAUGGAACUGGCUUUAGUACAAGUAAAAAGCCACAAAUCCGAUAGCACACGCAGAAUUGCCGUGGUUAAAGCAGUCCUGCCUCCUGGUGUCAAAAAAGGUUCCCUUUACCUUCAUGCCGGGUUAAGAGGCGAACAAACUUCUGUCGUGAACGUUCAUCCAUUGAGCAUGAUGGUGCCUUUGUAUCAUAGCGGCACGGAAAUGAAGUAUGAGUUCACUGUUAGAAAACCAUCAGAGAGUAUUCAAAAAGUUGAAAUGUAUAUUGUUGAGCCUCAGAAUAGGUACCUCUUUCAAAACAACGAAUAUAACUUCGAAAUCAUUCAAAAAUCCUUCGAUGGAAUAAUUUACGAGCGUUCAUCGCCCACAAGAAAUCGCAGACAACCAAUGAUCAUAAAGGCACCCUCUGGAAAGAGAUACGAAUUUGAGAAGAAUGAUCCACAUUUUGCAUACGGUACAUCCAGGACAACUAUUACUGUGAAAGAGCCGGGUAUCUGGAAAGCGCUCGUGGCUGCCGAUUCAGGUUGCGGAUCGUGUACCUUUGCUGAAUGGCUAUGUCUAUGA